AUGACCAUCUGUUCACCAAGGAGUCCAGAUGGCGCCUUGGAGUUGGACGGAGACGAUCGCAAGGUGGAAAGCGCGUCCGGCUAUGCUUCAGGCAGUGGUCGCAGACUUCGCGCUUCCGCCUGUCGCUCUCCGAGCUCUCGCCCCCUGGUCUCCAUGCUGACGGCCUUCGCAGCUUUCGCGGGACAUCAGAACAUCAGAGUCUUUCCUCGUGGUGGCGCAGCGGAUGUUAGGCCUACGAAGCCCAUCUUCCAGAUGCGGUCCCUCGCCGUCGACAAGGAGUUUGGGCUUGAAAAAGCACUCUAUAUGGAUUGUUUCAUGGAUCUGAAGGCGUUUUAUAGGAUUUGUGGUUUUGAAGCAAGGAAGCUAGGACGGCAACGGCCCUUUCAGGGUCUGUGUGCCCAGGUAGUUUGUGCUUAG